GCCGCUCGCAAGCUUUUUUCGGCGACUUUUUUUUCUAAAAUCUUUUGUCUGACAGAUUGUUCCCCAUUCACUCCCUUCAGAUAAUUUCUGCUGUCUCUACAGCUCUUUGUCAGGUCUUCGGGUUUCACUGGGAGACUGAUUUCUUUAAUUUCAUUCGAAAUGGGCGACUCGUCUUCGCAAUAUACUUCCCCAGGGCGUAAGAAUGCCCCCGAGGAUUCCGAAGAAGAGAAUCGAUCGGAAUUGGAAAUACAUUCGACCCCUAUAACACCUUUAAAUGGCGCCAAGCAGAAGCUACAAACCAACAAUACAACAUCUGGACGGAAGAGGAGAGCUCUGGAUAACACCACUGGAGACCGUAAUAUAUCGCCUGCUUCACCGAAAACGUCUCUAUCAUCGCGGCAUAAUACAUCCACUGAUCGUCCGUCAAAGCGCAAGAAGGUCCGCGAGUCCAAAGGAAGCCAGAUACAAAACGGCAAAGCAGACAAGGCCACGCACAAGCCCGACGUACUCACGCAGGAUGUACCUUCAACUUCACCUUCCCCAGGAACAGAAGAUUUGAUCGCCCCAGACCCAGGAAGCAAGGACCAAGAGAAAGGAUCUGCCCAGGAGGAAUCGGAAGCAAAUUUGAACACAACAUCAAAACAACCUUCCGAGAAUUUCAAAGGCCUGGUGGAUUUCAAAAAGGGCAAACGCGGUUCGGAUGCCAGCAAAGGGAAAGAAAAUAAAUCAACUGGUUUCUUCACGCCAGAAGAAGUUAAAGCUCUGGAAUCCUUCAAGCUAGAUUUUUGCACCACCCACGGCAUGGCAAGCGACACCUUUGACCUCAUGAUUCAGCAUUCAGAAAGGGACAAGUCAAAUCCCUUCCCUUGUCCUACGGAUAUUACCACAAAAGUGGCUUUCUGGAAAAACAUCUAUGAAAUUAUCCCACAUCGCGAUAAGAGAUCGGUUUAUCGGUUCAUGAGACGACAUUUCCAAUGCACAACCCAGAAGCCACAUUAUUGGACUGCCGAGCAAGAUGACGAACUUAUAUUGCUUCAUGAGCGCCAUGGGCCCAGGUGGGCUCACAUCGCCAAAAUGAUUGGUAGAAGCGAUGACGACGUGAUACAGCGAUGGAGAAAUCACCUCGAACAUCGCCAGACGAUGAACCGAGGGCCCUGGUCUGAAUGGGAAGUAGGUGCACUACUACAGUAUCUACAGGACUGGUGGACCCACAUGAAGAACCUGGGCCAUGAGGUUGGCCGGGAUAUCUAUGAGAUAGAUGAAUCUAAGAUUUCUUGGGGAGAGAUCAGCAACCGCAUGGAAAACUGCCGUUCCAGGCAGCAGUGUGGAGACAAAUUUCGCAAGAUUAGGCGCAAGGUCUUGACUCGGCGUAGCAUGGGGAAUCCGGAUGCUUUCUACGACCCUGUUGUGGAGGCAAAACCACCCAAGCGUCGAGGUAAAUCGAAAUCAAUCACGCCUUCUCAGAGCCAAUCAAACAAGCACUUCAAAAGUUCCGAAUAUGUUGAUUCCGAUGACGAAUCAGGGGAAGAAGGAACCGAGACCGACAAAAUCUCCAGUAUGGAUCGAUCAACGUCCAAGACUGAUGACAGUUCGUCUUUGAGGUCGCUUGAAACUGCACCGAAGAAAGUGAACUAUCCAAUUCAUCCUCAGGAAGACAGCGAUAGGCCCGACCCGGAUACUUCCAUCUCCGGAUCAGAAGAAUCAAAUUCCGAGUCAGAAGCAGAGAAAUCAAUUUCUGAUAAUGAAACUGGUAGUAUUCGUUCAAUACAAUCGUCUGGAAAGGAGCAGUCUUCGGGACACAAGGGCAUUGGAAGCCUUAAACGACAACGGCGGUGAUUGUGGAGAGAAGCCUUGCCCCGGGGAAGUGAACAACGAAAGAACUCACUUUGAAACCGCUUCCUCCGCCUCAAGAGGCGAACGGAUCCGCAAGUUGCGAUUUCUUAGCCUACCAUCACAUCAGCAAG